GUCCAGCGUCGAUGUGUCGCAGAUUUUAAAAACUGAGGCAGGAGAGCAGCUGGAGUUUCUGCACGAGAGGAGGCGCAUCAAGCUUAGCGGAAAAAAACUGGCACAGUCGGUGGGGCAAGCGUGGAAAAACACACUUGACGAGCCGUAUGCUUUUUUUUCCUCUUUUAAAUCAGUCCGUCCUUCUUUUCCACCCGAAUUGUACUACUUGGCUCCCGCAGCUCGGGAAGUAAACAAGCAGAGAUCCAGUUGAGUCCUGUUUGGAGCGCUGCGAUGGAGCUGUCAUCUAUUGGAGAGCAUGUGUUCGCUGUGGAGUCAAUUACGAAGAAGAGAAUCAGAAAGGGUCAUGUGGAGUAUCUACUGAAAUGGCAGGGAUGGCCCCCAGAGAACAGCACUUGGGAACCAGAGGACAACAUUUUGGACCCUCUCUUGGUCAUGGCUUACGAAGAGAAUCAGGAGAAGCUCAGGUCUCUGAGCUUUCGAAAGAAAGGUCUCAGACCCAGAAAGCUGGUGCUGCGGAACAUCUUUGGUAUGGACCUCCGGAGCGCCCACAAGGAUGAUGAGAAGCCACCGCCCCGCCUGCGCCUGUCCCUCACCAGAUCCAUGAGCACGGACGUGGAGCAGGCGUGUCGGCGCCAAGCCAGGAGGAGGAGCAGACAAAGAAUGACCAAAGUCUACUCAAAACACUCAAAGUCCUUCCAUGGGCAAAAGAUGAAGUUGGGGCUGAUGGAGAAGGAUUGGGGCGGGACCAGUGAGGAGGAGAAGAAUGGAUGUGACAGCAACACUGAAGAAAGAUGUGGAGACAGCUUAUAUGGUCAGUCAGAGUGCAGCUCUACUCCGUUCCUGGAGGAGGAGGACAUGGACAUGGAGGAGGAGGAGAAGAAUGUUAGCCCAGAUCUGUGGCCCAAUGGAGUAAUCUUUGCUACCAUUCCAAAUCACACAAAUGCGCUGGAGCAAUCAAAAGACAACACCUUGGCAUCUGAGGCCAAACCAGAAGGUUUGGUUUCCCCGAGUGGCAGGUCACACUCGGCAGAGGCCAAAGGUGUGGAGGCCUGUUCAGAGCCUCCAAAGGAGGAGAAGAAGAAUGCAACCUCAGUGAUAGUGAGGUUCCAGGGGUUCGGCAAGACGGCGGGCGAAGCCGUCUCUGUCCCCCACGAAUCUGAGCUGAAGAAGAAUGAAGCGAGAAGCGACAAUCAGAGCGUCAUCGUUACAGCCUCCGAGCGUCCCAAAGGUCCAACCGAAGCGCCACGUCCGGGGAAGGUGAUUGUGACGAACGUGACGGUGAACUCUUUGACUGUGACUUUUAAGGAAGCAACCGGGGCAGAGGGUUUCUUCAACGGCUUCUAAACAACGAGAAUGAAAUGAGGAGAGGGAUCAACAUAACCCAUAGUUAGACUUGCCGCUCAUGGUGAAGUACAUAACGCAAGAUAAUAGUGUCUGUGAGGUCAUUCCACAUGAUUUUAAAUGAGUUCUGUAAGACAUCAUUGCCUUGGAAUAAAAGUUAGUGGUGAUUUUAUUAUUAUAGUGGCUCAUUUAUUAUGUGUGACAGGAAAUGAUGCACUGCAGUCCAGCAGAUUAGACCGAUCUUGGUGGCAGAGGUCAUCCCUAUAUUAGCUGGGUUUACCCCACAGCAGGAGAAGGCAGCCUAAAAGAAAAA